CUAAUCCGGAAGUACUUCGCUUUCCAAAGCUUUCCAAAGGCGGUGCUAAUGCAGUCAACUUUUUGAGCUUGGGUCCUACUGAAUGAUAGUAAUGCCGACCGAAGUGGACCGCUGCCCCCCUGGCUGUCCUGUGUGAGUGCAGCUGAGGGUGAUGGACGACGAGCUGGAGAACUUCAUCAGAGAACGCAAGGCGCGAGUGGCUGAGGAUAAAGCCAGUCUAGAACACGACCCUCCCUACAUGGAGAUUAGGGCAAAACCCUGCAGAAGCUAUGGGUCCACUGUGAAGGAGAACAUCCCUCCAAGGAUUACCAACCAGGGAAAAGAGGAGAGCUGCAGCGUGGGUCUGCCCCUUGGUGCGGAGUAUGAAGAGAAGAAACACAGGCUGCAGCAUGAGCUCCGCAUGGACUACAGGCGCUACAUGGCUCAGAAAAGCCACUUAGAUGCUGUGGAGUCUUGGCCUUUAAUGACUCGUGACAACAGGAGAUCCAACAAGCGGCUACAACCUGAGCUCUGGACCGAUGUUCCCAUGCAGCGUCUGCAAAGGGAUGCAGGCGCUCUGACCGCGGACAGAGGGUCGCACAGAGCGCUGCGGCUCGCCGAGGAGGACCAGGAGCCCUUAGGGUUUCUUCCCAGGCGCCCAGACCAGCUGGGGAGUCCGCUGGACCUGGAUUCUGGUGAGGAAGAGGAGCGGUUUAAAGAUCAGCCGGAGAGGACCGGCGGUAGAAGGCGCAGGGUCCUUAGAGCUGAGGGCAGUUAUCAGAAGAGUCUGUCUGCCAGAACCGGCGGAAGGGAGAAGGUCGAGCGUGCUGCUGGUGUUCGGAGCGAUGGCAGGAGAUCAAGAGAAUCCAGUAAAAACGAGAAUGCUCACUUCGCGACGGGACUCAUAAUCGGAGCAGCUGAAACGGAGGAGGCGUUGCAGAGGAAGAAGGAACGCUACAGGCAGGAGCUGCAACAGCAGAUAGCUGAACAGCACCGCAACAAAAAGAGGGAAAAGGAUCUGGAGCUGAAAGUCGCUGCGACAGGAGCAAACGACCCCGAGAAACCGCCAGACCGAAUCAGACAGUUUGGCCUGAGCAGGAGGGAAGGUCCUGUAGUUACAGAGCCUUCGGCAACAGCAGAGAGCGGAUUAUCGUCCAGAACCACAGCCAGCGCUGAGAGCGCUGCUCUUAGAGGAAGGGGGAUGCCUCCCCCUGAGCUGCCACAUGUCGCCUUCCAGUCCCCUCUGCUGGAGUACAGCUCUGCUCUCGGCCUGGGCGAAGGACAUCUGUCUCCCUACAGCCAGCAUGGCGCCCCGUUCAUCCCAAACGCCGUUGACAUACACAGAAACCCUGCCUUCCUUCCUCAGCCCCCGCCUCGAAUAAGGGAAGCUUACAGGUUUCCAUAUGGGGAACCGCAUCAGUCCUACACAACCAGAAAUCUGCUUGACCAAAAUAUGGCCUACUAUCGUCCGUUUCCUGCUCCUAAUGCCGGGUUUCCCAUGUCCUACUGGAAUCUGCCACCAGGGGGAGCUGUGCCCAGCCAGUCGGGGCACCACAGCCCUCACAGCCAGCAUAGUGGCUGUAGUUUCCCAGAGCCUCCGUCACGGCCCAACAAUGAAAGCGCUGCUGCAGACUCCCGUGUUGGAGACUUUCCCUCAGAGAGGCCCAGGUCCACCAGGGACAGGAGUCUGAGCUACAGAGAGGCUCUAAAACAACAGGAAGCUUCCUGGAGUGGGAGCAACAUUACUUCCUACAAGAUCCAGGAGCAACAGGAGCGCAGAUGUCUGGAGAGGGAGGAGAGGGAGCGCUUAGAGGCCCAGCUGGAAGCCGAAAUGAAGAACCACGACCCCUGGGGGAGAGGGGGAGGAGGAGCCCCUCUGAAGGACAGCAAGGGAAAUCUCAUUGCUGACCUCAACCAGAUGCACAAGUUCAACGAGGAGGCGUACAGCAACCCGGAGCUGUGGCAGAGGAGAGCCGCGGCUGCAGUGACGGCCCGCCGGCCGUCACCGCCUCCCCCCGCCGAGAGGCUCCCAGAGAGCAGUAACUAUGACUCUGCUGACAGGCUGCCUGGCUUCACCCAUGUUCAAAGCUCCCAGUUUGCCAGGGGGAAAGUUUUUGCCAGCCAGCCCAAUGAGCAUCAACUCCAGGAACAGGACAAGUACAAAGCUUACCUCAGGCAGCAGAUUGACGAGAAAAUGCGUAAAAAAGCGGAAGAGAGGGAGCGCAUGAGACUGGAGGAGGAGAAGGAGGAGAGGAGGCUGGCUGAACAAAGGGCCCGCAUCCAAAGGGAGUACGAGGAGGAGCAGGAGAGGAGGAAACGGAAAGAAAUGGAGCAAACGGCCAAGAACGAGGAGCUGAUUCGGCUGGCGGAACAGAGGAGGAAGGAAGCCGAGAGGAAGAAGAAGGAGGCAGAGGAAAGGGAGAGCGCAGCACUGAAGAGGCAAUAUGAGAAAGAGAGGCAGGCCAGAGUGGAGGAGGUGUCCAGAGAGCCCUCUCCUCCUAUCCCGACCCUGCAGAGGAAACACGGGCGACACCAGCAGCAAACCCCCAGGCCCAUCACGGUCCACAGCCAGACCUCCACAGCUCCCCUGUCUGAGUGCUCUUCAUCAGGUCUUCUGUCACCUCCUGUCCCUGCUCGUAGGAACCAGCUCAGAGCUGCAGGAGACCACCGUGAACUGUUUAGUGAGCUGUCAGCGUUGCGUCGGCAGCUUCGCAGCGAGCAGAAACGCCUGGAAAAUGAUCUGCAGCACAGCAGCUGGGAGGAGCCGGACUCUCCAGUAAAUGUCAGAGAUCGAGAGCGUCCAGCGGUGGACGUGUUCGACAUGGCUCGGCUCAGGCUCCAGGCUCCGGUCCGAAGGCCUAACUCCCGAAACACAGAGCCCAGGAACCUGCUGCAUAUCCACGAUUCCCUUCAGCUAAAAUACUCAGCAGACGGAGAGUCGGCGAUGGGAUCUGGCGAGGACACUAAACUGGAGGCAGUGGGUGUGGUCAGCAGGAGGAGCGGGGACUACAGAGACUCCUAUCGUCAAUUCAGGAGCCACAGAUCUACAGUCCAGGAUGAUUAUUUGGACCUUUCUCCACCUGAGCAAAAUGACUAUCUGAGGAGUGUGAGCGGCGUAUCCAGAAGAGCUCUUCUGCUCGAGUCUGAGAGCGCUUUCAUUGACCCUCUGGGUGAAGCGUCUCCGGUGCCACCUACUCCGGAGCAUGAGAGGAUUCGUCAGCUGUCAGCCAGGGAGAGGAGGAGACUUGCCAAGCAGACACAGCGCCCCCAGGAACGAGCUGCUUCCAAUCGGAGAAACUACCCUGACCCCUCAAGUGCCAGGCCGAACCUGGAGACGGCAGGAAGCGAGCUCAGGAGCUGCAACAGGACAGGACCUCUGGAUGUGUCUGAUGAGGACUCCUCCCCUCCCGAUCUGUCUCCUCUCAGUCUGAACCGUGAGAGUUCAGAGGAAACUCUCACCACAGAAUACUAGAUUGGACUGGGAACAUCGGACACUCCAAAACGUUUGCAUGGCUGUCGAGCAAGAAGCCCCUGGCUACAUAGGCACUUUUGCCACCAGGAUUUGAAAUGAGGCACUUCCUAAUCCUGAAAUACGCCCUUAAUUUUUAUUUUAUUUUUGUGUUAAUACUGUUUGUUUUAAUAUAUAUUUUGAUGGGAGGACACCCUGAAAUCUACACCUCUGAAUCUGUAUGAAUUCUUUACUGUUCGGAUCAAAGAACCCCAAGGUCAUUACAUGCUUUAGACAUUUUUACAGAAUAAAUUAUGUUGGAAUAAAUUAUAUUUUUAUAAUAUA